AUGGAGACUCGUGAGUAUGCAUACAAGCAGGGCAGUGAGGGCGAGAGUCUGAUGCUUGAUGUCCACUGGUAUCCGGGUUCCCCUCAGGGGAAAGCUCAUGAUGGCCAUCCAAUAGUUGUUAUAUUCCAUGGCGGCGGGUUUGUACUGGGUUCGAAAUCGAUAAUUCCCCAAAUCCAAAUUAAAACCCUCUGCCGUCUUGGAUUCAUCGUCGUUGUGCCCAAUUUUCGACUUUGUCCCCAGAUAUCGGUGUUUGAUGGACCCGUUACUGAUUCAAGGGACUGCUUGAAGUGGAUCGUAUCUUCGUUGGUGGCAGUUCUUGACAAGGAAAGCAGUGCUGUGAAAGUUGACGUGAAUCGCAUUGCAGUCACGGGUCAUUCAUCUGGCGCAGGGCUUGCGCUGUUGACGGCAAAUACCCAAAUCCAUAUAUCCGCCGUUCUCGACUUCUACGGCGGGAAAUAUUACACCGAUCCUAGCUGGCACUCUCCGACACCCUUCUUCGCCAAUUCCCCUGAUUACCCUGCCUCUCUGGCGGACCAGGUAUUCUCAGGACCACAGGUGUCGGCCGCAACACCGUGGCUCGGCCAGGGCGACAUACCGCCACGCGAUGCUUGGCUAUCAAACGGAUUUAAAUCCGGCAAACACCUUUCCCUGGUGACGAAAGAUGGAGAUUAUACCCGCAUUGAUGGAGCUAGUGGUUUCUCUCCUGUAUUCCCCCCGACGAUGUUUAUUCAUGGGGACUCAGACACUGUUACUCCGGCACGGAUCAGUCAGCGGGCUCAUGAGGAACUGAAGUCUCUGGGAGUUAAGACGGAACUUCUCCUGGUGCCGGGUAAGGACCAUAUGUUCGACAUGUUUUAUGGGAAUGAAGAAGACGAUGAGUAUAGAGAAUAUGUGUAUCCGGGGUUUGAGUUUCUGGCAAAUAGGGUUGGCUUAUAUGGAUCUGAUUAA